UUAAACCGUUUGAAAUAAUAUUAUAUAGCAAAUAUUAAAAAAAAUUGGAAAACGUAACAAAAAAAAACAGAAAUGAAUGAUAACAAAGACUUUUACCAAAUUAGAAAUGAAAAUUUAGGAAAAGAUUUUUAUAUCAUUCUUAUGUUAUUACUUUUCAUUAGUCGAUUGCCAUGUUUAAAUACUAAAUACUGUAGUAGUGAGGCUUUAUAUAAAUUUGGAAACAAAUUAGUUUGUGAGUCAAAUGAUGGAUUCUCAACGUCUUGUUUAAAUAAUCCCAAAAGAGCACAUAUUCAAUGCGAACGUGACUAUUAUAAUGAUAAAAAUAUUUCAUCACAAACAAUUUAUUGCAAGAAAAAUGGACAAUGGUCUGACCAACCAAUGGAAUGUCGAAGAAAAUGUGUUAAUGAUAAUGGAUCACAGCUUCCGUCAUCGUAUGUCGAUGUUGUCGAAAAAACAAAUGAAGCAAAUACAUUUUCCGGUCUUGUUAUGAAUGAAAGAGACAUUUUAAUCAAAUGUGAACACAUCGAAGGUAAAACUGGUUCAUAUUUCAAAAUACGCAAACAAUUUAAGCAAGUGGAAGAAUAUGUACAUAAUUGUCUUUAUGAAAUUCCAAGAGUCAAAUUUCAAAAUGAAGAAUGGUGCGUUUUAGUUUUAAAUAAUAUGAAUUUCAUUAGAUUCGACAGAUAUACAAAGCCAAAUUGUUUAGCAUCUAAAAUUCAAUCAAAUAAUCCGAUUUUAAAUAAUAGAAUACGACCAGAGUAUAAAUCUAAAUGUUAUCCUCCAGAAUUUGACAUACAGAAUGCUCAUAAAGUUGAAAUAUUAUGUUAUAAUUUCAUAUAUGAGCAUUUAUAUACAGUGGCAGCUGUAGGCGGUGGUUUAUUGGGUGGAAGUGGACAUGUUCUCAAAUCUGUUGAUUGUCAAAAUGAUGCUGAUCGUAUAAUUGUUCGAUGCAAUAUAGGUUAUCAAAAUACGAAAUCAAAAACAAACAGUUUUCUCAAUAAAUGUUCUCGUAACAAAUGGGCUUAUAAAACAGAAAACAUAGAAGUAGUAUAAUAGUACUUCUCCUAUUGAUUUCAUAUAUAAAAAUAACGUGAGUGAAUGAAAGGCUAUUUUCCCGGUAGCACUUCUACGAACAAUCCAAUAUACAAAAAAAAAAGCUCGAGCUAUUAAAAACAAAAACAAUAAAAUAAAAAAUAAAAAUUAUCAGCAAUGCAUUUAGUGAGAAUUAAAAAAAAGAGAGAAACUGCGAAAAAAACAACAAAAUAAAUUACAAUGCAAGUUUGCAUGCAUUGAAAUGUCGAUCAGAAAGCAUAAUAAGAGAGAUAUCGUGAAAAUAAAAACAUCAAUACAAAUUCAAAUAAAAUAGCAAUAUGAAUAGCAAUGGAAUGUCAGCAAAGUUUCGAUGCUGAUAAUGUAUAAUUUUUAAAAAAACAAAAAUAUGCAUCGCAAUGUAAUAUGCACAAAACCACGUUGUUGUUGAUGAACAAGCUGAAACAAGAAAGCUUUUGUAACAAAAAUCAAAUAGUAAAAAAAGAAUCACAAAAUGAACAGAAAAAAACCUGAAUAAAAAAUGUAGUAUUUAAAAGUAAGUUAGAUUAGUUAUGAUUUUUUAAAAUUAAACUGAAAGUGUACCUAUAUUAAGAAAACGUAAAUUAUAAAAAUAUUUAAAGCAAAAACUUCUUUUCAAUGUAAUUCUUGCAUUAAGAUAUAAGAGAUAUUUUUUUUUAUUUUGCAGGCGGUAAGAGGUAGUCGAUACCGUUAGCCUUUAACGUUUAUAAAAAAAAGAUGAUAAUAUCUGCAUGCAUUAUGUUUGUUUUUUAAUACAAAAAUAAUG